AUGUAUCUCAGUGAUGUUGAGGUAACUGAUGUUACAUCAGACACGGAAAGGAUUGACGGCGCAAUUUUCAUGAGUAAAGCAAAUAAAGCUGGUUGUUCAUCACUUAUUGUGUUUGGUGAUAGUCUAUCAGAUGACGGAAUCGAAUUCGGUGAUAAUUCUUAUGGUUUCGAAAGGAACUGUAAUGGCCCAGUAUGGCCUGAAUACUUAAGUCAAUUGCUAUCUUGCAAAAAAUAUAUAAAUUAUGCAUAUAGCGGCGCCAAAAGUGGUUAUGAUAAUGUAUAUUUCACUGGUUGGUCAGGUCUUUUGUGGCAAUUUGAAACAUUUAUAAACAAUACUCCACUAAUUCCGACAGGAAUGAUAAUAAUAAUGAACAUAAUCGACCCAACGGAUGCUCCCGGAAUGCAGUCAGCUGAACUUGGCUCUGGUUUAAUUGACGAUGUUUCGCAGCUUGUUGUUAAUACGAAUUCAAGAAUAAAUAAAAUGAUUAUAAACCACAAAUCUAUGUCGCCAAAAGUUGCUUUAUUCGAUUUAAAUUCUAUUUUGUUGGAUUUAACAAAAUAUUUGAAUAAAAAUUCUCAGUUUACUUACCAAAAACAGAAUUUCACUUUGCGAGAGAUUUUCGAUUACGCUUAUUAUGAUUUAUGGAAUCCAACAACGUUCGUCCACUAUAAUAUUGCUUUGAAGUUAAUUAAACUCAUUGAAGAUAUUUGA